AUGAGUAAUAGAUUACAUAUUGAUGAUGACUGGAUUGAUAAUAUCGAACUGCAUAGCAGUUCGAUAAAGGACACAAUCAAUGCUGCUUUGACAGCCGAUGAAGACAAAGCAACUACCGAUAUCAAUUACAUAAAGAACUUAAUAGAUCGGCUUAUUCCGCAAAAUGUCAACCCAGAAGAGAAAGCCAUUCUUUUACUUUUUGUUUUGCAGGGAUAUUCUGAACAAAAUGAUACCCAAUUAGUUGCUGCCGAGAUCAGAGGAUUUUUCACAACCUUGUGCCUAACUCUGCUCCACGAUCUAAACUUUACCAAGAUUUACCGAAAUAAAAUUCUUCAAGCUCUUUUCAAUGAGAUGCUAUUAAGUUAUUUGAGGGUAUGCAAUGAGCUCAAAACUGCAAGGCUUUUUGAAGCUUUUUUGAAAUUUAAGCAACAAUUUCUCGAUAACAAUCUCCAAUUUUUUCAAGUGCAUGUAGUGAAACAACUUUUUUAUCACGGUUCUUAUGACAAGAUCAACUAUAUACUAGCUAAAUAUAAUAUAGAUGAUUUUGAUGGUAUGUUAGACAGAGAAUUGAUUGAAAACGGGCUUUUUUCAUACUACCAUCAGUUGUCACACUCCGCAACUGUUUCAAAAUCAUACGAACGAGCUUAUCAGAUUAUUCAUGUUACGAUGGACUUGUAUCUUUUUGUCAAUAUACCCGAAUUUCAGCUAGUGCUAUCAGAAUACAUUUUCCUCUCUUUGAUGUUGAAUAAAGGGGCGAAAACUACAGAUGUGACGAUCUACAAAUAUAAAACAAAACUUUUUCCUAGAUUACUCAAAGUGUACCAGAGCUACCAAGCAUACGACCUCGAAUCAUUUGUGUUCAAUUAUUUGCUUUAUAUUCACCACUUACAUCACAACGAGCAAAAACUAUUAAGUCAGCUAUUCAAUUUUGCAUCUCUCGACAAACUUUCUCACCAACUUAUUGAUAACAAACUAGGUCAAAUCGCUGGGAAGUUUAACAAAGAAUUCAUAUUUGAACAACAAACUAUGAUUAACACCUUGAUCAGUGAAAUUAAUAAAGGGCUUCUGGUGCACAAUUUUCAGCUUUCCGAAUAUAGAUAUAAGACACGAAGUACUGCUCAAAAUGCAGAUCACAAGUUGCUACUACAAGAUUGCAAAAUUCUAUCAUCUUUUACUGAAGGCCUACAACAUGCCCAGAGUUUGAACGAAUAG